AUGCACAUUGUCUCGGCCAAAGGCCAUGCAAAUGCUUCUGCUACAUUGACAUUCAAUCCUCCUGAUAACUUCCUCAUCGAUUGUGGCGCUCCUCAACAAGCCAAGCUCCCUGAUGGCAGGACAUUCAAAUCGGACCGUGAAACAGCUGACCUCUUGUCCACAAAUGAGGACUUCAAGGCUUCAGCUGACUCCAUCAAUGCCAAUGUCUCUUCAUCUGUUCCACCUGAUUCAAAAGUUCUGUUUCAAACGGCGAGGAUUUUCUCCGAGCAAUCUCAGUAUACAUUCCACAUUAACAAGCCCGGCCGCCAUUGGAUUCGCCUAUACUUCUAUCCUCUUCCACACCAGACAUACAACCUUUCCGACGCAGUUUUCUCGGUGCAGACAGACAAGUACGUUCUCCUGCAUGACUUUUCUGCCUCGGACAAAGCCACGUUGGUGUUCAAAGAAUACCUUUUCAAUGUUUCGGACAACAGAUUUUCUCUACAUUUCCGACCAAAGAAGCACUCCAUCGCUUUUGUCAAUGCCAUUGAGGUUGUCUCUGCUCCUGACUCUAUUUUUAAUGACACUGCCACCACUGUUCCCAUAGCCGGAGACUUCCCAGGCUUGCAAAACUACGCUUUCCAAAUCCGGUACCGGCUAAACGUUGGAGGGCCAUUGAUAUCGCCUCAAAAUGACACAUUGUCAAGGACUUGGGAGCCAGACACUGCAUACAAUGCAUUUCCACAAGGGUCUCAAAACGUGUCAGUGGCUCCAAAUACCAUCAAGUAUCCCAAGAGUGGCGCUAACUUGUUGAUUGCGCCGAGUUGGGUCUAUGCAACUGCUCAACACAUGCAGGAUUCUUUGACAAACAACCAGAACUUCAACCUCAGUUGGAAGUUGAGUGUUGAGGAGGACUUCUCCUACUUGGUCAGGUUACAUUUCUGUGACAUUGUGAGCAACACCCUCAAUAUGUUGUACUUCAAUGUGUACAUCAAUGGCAUGGUGGCUGUCUCCAACAUUGAUCUCUCUUCACUAACAGGCGGGCUAUCCACUGCUUUCUACAAAGACUUUCUGCUCAAUUCCACGGCGGUCUCAAGCUUAAACAACACCAUCCACAUUCAGAUUGGUCCCGGCACUACUCAGUCCGGGACUCACGAUGGACUACUUAAUGGAGUGGAAGUCUUGAAAUUGAGCAAUGUAGCAGAAAGCUUGGAUGGACUUUUCGCCGUCGAUGGGAAAUACAAGGGGCCAGUGGAAUCAUCAAAGACACUAAAAAUAGCUGCAGGCGUGGGAUUGGGGAUGGGAGUGACGGCAAUGUUCUUAGUUGGCGCAGUUUAUAUAAGGUGGAAAAGGAGACCUCAAGGAUGGGAAAAGAAAGAUAGCUUCUCAUCAUGGUUGCUACCUAUUCAUUCCGGUAACUCUAGCUUCAUUUUCGGUUCACGCAAGAGCAAGAGUGGUUACUCAACUUAUUUCUCUUCCACUCUCUACGGCCGGUCAUUCACUUUCGCCGAGUUACAAGCUGCAACUCAAAAUUGGGAUGAGAAGGAAGUGAUCGGUGUUGGGGGGUUCGGAAAAGUGUACCUUGGGGUGUUGGAAGAUGGUACUAAGCUCGCUGUCAAACGAGGGAACCCCAACUCUGAGCAAGGCAUCAAUGAGUUCAGGACAGAAAUGGACAUGCUCUCCAAGCUAAGGCAUCGCCACCUUGUUUCACUGAUUGGAUUUUGUGACGAGAAUAAUGAGAUGAUACUGGUGUAUGAGUACAUGGCUAAUGGACCUCUUCGAGACCACCUCUACGGCUCGAACUAUCUUUCAUUGUCAUGGAAACAAAGGCUGGAGGUUUGCAUUGGUGCUGCUCGCGGUUUGCAUUACCUGCAUACUGGUGCAGCACAAGGCAUUAUCCAUCGUGAUGUCAAGACGACGAAUAUUCUCCUAGAUGAGAAUUUCGUUGCGAAGGUAGCUGAUUUUGGACUGUCAAAAGCUGCUCCAUCGUUGGAACAAACCCAUGUCAGCACAGCAGUGAAGGGAAGUUUUGGUUAUCUUGAUCCUGAGUACUUCAGGAGGCAGCAGCUCACUGAGAAAUCCGAUGUGUAUUCUUUCGGGGUGGUUCUUUUCGAGGCAUUGUGUGCAAGGCCGGUUAUAUGCCCCACUCUGCCAAGAGAGCAGGUGAGUUUGGCCGAGUGGGCAAUGCAGUGGCAUAGGAAGGGCAUGAUUGAGAAGAUUGUUGACCCUAAAAUCGCUAGCUCCAUCAACGCUGGUGCGCUGAAGAAGUAUGUAGAAGCUGCAGAGAAAUGCCUCGCUGAGUAUGGUGUCGAUAGGCCAAGCAUGGGAGAUGUGCUGUGGAACUUGGAGUAUGCUUUCCAGCUUCAAGAGACAGCCUCGCAGAUGGAUGCUCCGGAAGACAACACUUCGAGUCUCAUUUCUUUGGAUAAAGCAAGUGCGAAAGAUGAAACAAAUUCAAAGGAUGGCUCUGCGGCUAGUGGUGCAAUGAGUGAGGACUCUGUAGUCACAGCUGGUAGUUCUUCCUUGUUUUCUCAAAUGAAUGUGCAAGGGCGGUAA